GCUCCGAAUCUGUCAUCUGACUUUGACGCAGGCACUUCAGCUUCCGGAAAGUCAACUGCAACCGCGGAAAAAGCGAAACAUGGCUCCCAAACUUGAACUUCCAAGCGCCGCGUUGAUGGUCGGGCUGUUGUUUUUCUCCCUGAUCCCCCCGGCAGAGGCUUACGAUGCCGGGGACGGUCUGGCCCUGCUGCUGUGCACCAUCCUCACGGUGGUGGGUUUCUGUGCCUGCCUCGGCUGGUACGCGCGGAGGCGGAACGGACAGCUGUGACGCUGACGAGACGGGAUACUCCAGCUGCUACCUGCUACCAACCACCACAUUAUAAUACGAAUUUUGCGUGAUCACCCGUGGACUUUUGUGGCACAGGCUUUGUGUCUUAAAGACUGAUAAGAAACGUGCCUUACUGGGAUUAAUGCGGCAAGUUCAACGAGGACCACGCGGAGUUGAAGAAGGUGGAGCGUAACAUCCAGGAAGCAAACAGGAACUGUUGCUCGUUGCACUGCUGACAUGAUUAUUAUUAAUGACCAAAAACACUGUUGCCUUCACCAUGAACAGACUUCUGCAGCUGUAGCAGGCUCCCUAAGAUGCCCAUACUAUGUACAUUUUUGCGCACAUUUUCCAUCUGUCGAGGCGAUUUCCUGACGCGUUGCGCUUAUAGUGACUGUCACUGUUGGAAGCGCAGUGUCACAUGAUUGGAGUGUGUUUUGCAGUUUUGUCACUGUUGCUAAUUAAACAUGUAGAAUAAACGCGACACUUAACAACUUA